GUAUAUUAAUACCAUAUAUAGAAAAGAAUGAUGAAAAAUAAUUUUUUUGUAUAAUUUUUAUGAAGAAAAUUUGUGUCCCCAGGUUUUGGUCCCCUCUGUUACGUCCACUCAUUUUAUUGAAAAAUGUUUGUUAAACGUUAUGACGCGUAUAUUUCUCUUAUGCUUCUCCAUCAUAACUUAGCUAAAAUCAACAAAAUGUGUUUUGAACUGUUCAGUCUUGUUUAGUGCGUUGUUGAGUAAGGAACCCAAUUGUAUGCCGGGUACGUACCCUUAUUCAGUGUCAACUCUGUUACUGUUGAAAAACGGUAACUCUCGUUCGAUAUGUGGAACGUUUUGUUGGUUUGUAUUGUCGCGGUCUUAGUGAUGAACUCUGAAGGAGCGCGUCAACACAAGCGAUAUGCCACUGAUUAUGCUGGCGGGAGUGCUGGCAGCUACGCUGGUGGCAGUGCUGGAGGGUACGGAGGCAAUGCCGGGUUCUAUGAUGGUGGCUUUAAUGACUACGACUACAAUUAUGCGCCCGACUUCAACUUCAUAGAUCCACUCGUGUUCCAUCAACAGUUGACAGCUCAAAUUUUGGCUAAUCACGCUUCGCAGCAACACGCUAUUGCUUCGGUGUAUUCUUCCGGUUCAGCUAUGGCAACCGCGGAUGCCUCUUUCUUGCCAGACCAUAACCGUAUUCAACAGCAAAUUGCCCAACAACAGGCCCACUUCAAUAACUUAAACAUUGGUGGCAGCCGAUAUGACACAGCUAAUCGCUACGCUCCUAACCAUGCGAUCGCUGCUGCCUCUAUCGGUCCAGGCGGAUCUUACCACACGGCCCACAUCGGUCCGGAGAACCCAGAUGUUCCGAACAUCAGUAACCGCUUUGGUGGACCAUCGUCGCCUGGCGGCUUUAAGGGCGUUUCAGUCAGCUCGUUUUCGAGUAGUUCCGAUAUCAACGGUAAAAAGAUGAGUCAGCGUGGGGCCCAGACUACAAUCAAUGACAACGGCAAAAUCACCACAUACCGGGUGCAAUCUUAAAUACUUAAAAACACUUUCGAAUGUAUUAUUGUUUAAUAUGAAGUAUUUAUUUUCAACAUACUUAUUUUCUUUGUUUAACUUUGUAACGAAAAUCAAAUCAAUGUGUAAUACUGGGGUAACAUUAAGUAUUCAAGCCACGAUUAAUGUUGGGCAGUUUCGAAAUACAUUCAAAAAUAUAUAAGUAGUAUACAGCGAGUGAUGAAUAA